AGUGACAUUUUGUACGAAUUAAGGCGCGCUUUGCAGUCGGAAAUAACUGGUGGAUAACUCUUUCGUGAUAUCAAACAAAUAUAAUUAAAUUGAUGAAUAUUGUAUAACCGCCAUGGCUACACAUAAUAGAACAUUAAAAUUGAUUGCUACAAAGUUGGGUGUUGGUGAAGAAGACAAAGUUAUUAAUAAGGCAGCAGAGUUCGAACGGUUGUUGCAAACAAAAUCUAUUGCAGGCAGUAGCAUAACAGAUACCAGCAAAAUUGUAAUUUGUUUAGACCUCGCGGCUUCUAUUUAUGGGUCAGAUUUGGACAAUAAAGCAGCUAUCAAAUACUCUGGUUUGAAAGGUCCUUCAUACUUAAACUGUAAGAAAGUUGUGGAAAAUCUUCUAGAAAUAAAUAAUGAUAAGCUGACCAUACAUUUUCUAUGUGCAUCUAUGCAAUGCACCGGUGUGCAAACUCUCGCUGAGAAUAUCCUUGAAGAAUACCAGAGACAAGCCAAGACUGAAAUUGAUUUGAAUUUACCACAAUAUGUGUGUAUGGCUGUAUAUCAAGCUUGCAGAGUUAAUAAAGUUAAGAUAUCAAAGAGCAAAAUAAUAGAAAAAUCUAGAUUAAAAUCAGCACAAUGGACGAAACUAGAUGCUGAUUGGACUAAAUUUGUAGAUGAAAAGUUCGCCACUGUAAAGAAAAGGGGUAGACCACCUAAAACUACAGUGAAAAAUGAUGAAGAAAAAUUAAUGGAGGUGGACAAUCAAAUUCCAAAAGAAGAAAAGCAAUCUGAACCUCAAAUAGAACCUUACGAAGACUGGAAAAAACGAAUGCUAGAAACAGCUUAUAAGGAAUUAAAAGAGCUGGAAAAGCAGAGAAACGAGACGGAAGAUAACGACAGAGUGAAAAAGAUAAAGGAACAGCUGACGUCACCGAGACGAUCGCCGAGAAAGACUCCCCAAAAAUUUUCGCCUUACAAAAGUCCCAUAAAAGCCUGUAAUGGAAUAAGGCUCUUGUUUCCUAAGGAGUUAUGAUCAUCAUUUCGUCCCAUGUUUUUAAUGAAACUGAGAAUCGUGUGGACUUUAAAACAUUUUAUUGAAUUAACAAUUUGUAUUAAAUUAUUUGUUAUUUUACGUAAUAAAUUUAUUUGCAUGU